CAAACAAAUCCCAUUUUCUCUUUCACUGUCUGGUUAAUACAGGCUUCGAGUAAGUAGUACUGCAUUCAACACUGAUCUGGCAUUGUUUUUCAUGGAUAGCACCAGACUAGCUUCAGAUCCGGAGAAGCAGACGCAGAAAUCAGAGGGACGGGUUAAAACGGGGAAAAUGUAUGCCGCCGCAAUAAAGGAGAUUUGUAAUCCACAGGGGCAAUACGGUUACAUAUGGAAUAAGAUGUUUGUAAUAUCGUGUGUGUUUGCUGUCUCACUGGACCCUUUGUUCUUUUACAUUCCAAUCAUCGAUCAGCUAAACAAGUGCCUUCAAAUGGACAAAGUGUUGCAGACUGUUGCUCUUGUUUUACGAUCACUCACGGAUAUCAUUUUCCUGCUGCAUUUCAUCUAUGAAAUCUGUGACGGUCUCAAAACUCAAACCAAGAAAAAGUCGUCGCAGUCACCGUCGCCGUUGGGGACUAAAUUGGCAUCAGAUACCCUCAAAACUAUGGCCCCAAUCACCCAGAGCAAUGGACAUUCCAAUUCCAAGGUAGAAACUGGAGAACAUUCGGGUCCCAAAUCAAAAUUAAGGUUGAUUGGAGUUGCCCAGGAAAUAAUGUCGUGGUUAUCUGUCUCCAUCAUAAUUGACUUUUUCGCUCUCCUUCCCAUCCCGCAACUGCUAAUAGUAGCUACUUUUGACAAAAUGAGGGGCUUCGGAUAUUUGGAACAUAAAAAGGUUAUGAAUAUCCUUCUUCUUGGUCAAUACCUACCAAGGAUGUACCGAAUUCACAUAUCCUCCAAAGAACUCAAAAGGACUACUGGAAUAUGGGUUAAAGGUCUAUUCAAUUUUUUCCUCUAUAUUCUUGCAAGUCAUAUACUCGGAGCUUUUUGGUACUUCUUUUCUAUUCAACGAGAGAUAUCAUGCUGGCACCAGGCCUGCAUAAACCAUAAAAUCGAUUUCGCACAAUGCACCAACACUGUCUACUGCAAUGGUCAAGCUACUACUUCAAGAAAUAUCACGUUUGUGAACGAGCAUUGCCCGUUGGAUACCGGUGAUAAUGCUACGUCGUCAUUUGAUUUUGGAAUAUUUCUUGAUUCCCUUAAGAAUCAAAACACGGAGCACAUCAAGUUUGGAACGAAGUUCUUUUACUCUUUUUGGUGGGGCCUGCGAAACCUUAGUAACUUUGGCACGAAUCUCACAACAAGUACGUAUGUGUGGGAAAACUUGUUUGCAAUUCUUAUUUCUGUCAUUGGCUUGCUGCUAUUUCUAUAUCUGAUUGGAAAUGUGCAGACUUUUAUGCAGAUGCAAGCUACACAAUCAGAGAAGAUGAGGAAAAAAAUUAAGAUAAAGAAGCUAGAUAUACAAAGCUGGAUAUCCAAAAAUAAACUCCCUGAUGUUAUAAAGAAAGAAAUCAUGAAAAGCGUAAAGCAAAAACUGAAAGAACACAAAGAUGCUGAUCUCCAGAAUGACCUAUACUCUAUGCUUCCCUGGAAAACCAGAACAUCUCUAAAGCGUUGUCUUUGCAUGGACGCAUUUAAGGCAGUGCCCAUGCUUAAAAACAUGAGUAAUAAAGUGUUGGAAAUGAUGUGCGAAUAUCUGAAGCCAGUGAUGUACAACGAGAACAGCUUCCCCUUCCGAAUGGGAGAUCCACUGGAUCGCUUGCUCGUCAUUAUUGAAGGGACUAUGUGGACUUACUCUAGUACUAGUGGUGGUGGUGGUGAUGAAGCUGCUGCUUCCCCAUCAAAUAUUUCGACAUUAUUAGCGGCCAAGCCCCUUGGGAAAGGUGAGAUUUAUGGGGAAGAGAUUCUGAGUUCGGUAUCACCCUCUAUCACCGAACUUCCGAUCUCCACCAAACACCUCAAAAGUCAGACAAAAGUGGAAGCCUUUGCUCUCAUGGCCAAGGACUUGGCAACUAUAGUCUCCUGGCACAAAGUACAGUGGGAUUUGAACAGGGGUGACAUAUCUCAAGAGGCGAAGGAGUCCAUGGCAAAGUCUAUAAUUAAAAAAGCAGUCCAACAACUCACAAUGAAGCGUCCCACGACCUUAACCCCGGUUACAGUAGUGGGUUCAAAUAACUUGUCAACAACACCACCACCGAUCAAUUAGUAUAUAUCUCAUCUGUAGAAACUAUAUAUAUAUAUAUAUAUAUAUGCUAGACAUACCACAUUUUUAUAUGGCUUAAAUGUCAAA